GGAGGGAGUUUCAAUGGUUGCGUUGCAACGAGUGACCUUCAGUAGUUUGUGUGUAGCUGUUUGCUUUUAGAGACUGCCGAGGAAUAAAUAAUAAAAAUAACAGUCUUUAUUUUGUAAAUCAAAUGCAAAGAAGUGUGUUUUACUGACUUCAAAGAAAGAUAUGUUAUCCCAUCAAUCAAAUUGCAACCAGGUUUCUGAAGACAAUGAGUGUUCUAGAAGUACAACAGGCGAAAACUCCAUCGAAUCUACUUCAUCCACACUCUUUUCUGACAUUUUGGACGAGUUAUCUGAUGAUGUACUUAAGAGUCGUCUACAAUCCAUUCUACUAAGCAAAGAGUCUGAGCUUCUUGAGUCUCAAUCAGCUUACAAACAUGCACAGAAUGAAAUUAAUGAAUCAAAAAAGCAACUCACCAAACUUGAAUUAGAGUUAGUCAGUGUUAAAAGAGCUGCAGAAAUGUUAAUAGCUGAGCAUGAUGAUGCAUUAUCUACUUUGAAAAAACAGUAUGAUGAAGAGUUGUCUUCACUAUUAAUGGCUUCCGAACAGGGCUAUCUACACCAGUAUGCAGAAGAUCAACACCUGAAUGAUUCAUCCUAUUCACCAUCGGAAAACUGUGAAACUCGGAAGUCUUCGGUUCAAUCUGUUGAAAAGAAAUCUGCUCAAAGUUUAGCUAAUCAAGCAUUUGACAAGAUGGAGAAAUUAGUUCGGCGUGUCAGUCACAAAGCUUUAACAAAUAAUUUUAUUUUAAAUAAAUCCAGUGUAUCCUCAAUUUUAUCGAAUCAAGAACUUUGUCCCAGUAAAGAGGAUCGUUUACGUGCUAUUAUCGAACCCUACGAAACGGAAAUCUCGCGUCUACAACAAAUUCUUAUCAAUCAUUCCAUUCCGUUUAAUGCUACAGCGUCACAUCCUGAUUCUCCAGCUGGUAGUUGUAAACUGUCAGAUGAUAAGAAUUCCAGUAAUGCAUUCGACUCAACUACAAGAUGGGAUGCUUUAACGACUACUUCAGAUAUCAAGUCAAACAGUACACCAGAGAAUUGUGCUACAAUGAAAGAAACCUCCACGCCUAACACUAAUGACAAUAUUAACGAUAAUAUCAAUAUUAGUGGAUAUUUAGGUAACAAUGAUGAACGUUCCGAUAAUCACUUGACUAAACAGUUUAUGUGUAAUAAUGCUGUAUCUUUUGAAGAGAAAACAUAUUUAACUGAAGCUGUGGAGAACUUAGAAAAACAAUUGGCUUCAGUGACAAAUGAAUUGAAUGUGAAAACACAAGCUUUAAAAGUUGCUACAGAUCGUCGUUUAGAAUUGGAGAAUGCUCUUAAAACUCAGGUCGCUGAACAAGCAUCUAAUACAGAGAAAAUAUCCACACUUGCCUCACAAAUGACUCAACGAUUGGAUGGUUUGAUGUCGAAUUACAAGUCCUAUAGAGAAGCAACUGAAAGAGAAUUGGCUACAUUGAAAGUGGAACGUAAAAUAGCCGAAUCCAAUUUGGAGACAAUUCGUUCCCAUUAUGAUUCACUUAUUGGAAGGCGUUCACAAGCUGCUGCUGAACUAAGUCGACAACCUAUUCAGUUACCGAAUGAAAAAGAUGAAUUAGAACACUUAGCACUGAAGUUGUAUGAAGAAAAUUUAUCAUUUCGGGAAGCACGUGACCAUUUGGAAGAACGUUUAAAAAGUGAAACUGAAGCGCACAAAGAACAAUUGGCGGCUGAACAUCAAGAACGUCUUAACUUUGAGUCUUCAGUUAUACAAGAACUGGAAGAUGCUCGUAAACAGCUUGCAAAUCUGACAAAUAUUUCAACUGAACGUGAUAACGAAUUGGCUUUACGACAAAAAUAUGAAGAAGAAGCAAAAUCAUCUAAAUCCCGGCUAAAUGAAUUACAAGCUAAAUAUGAAUUAACUGAAUCCAAUUUGGCUGAAGCUCAAAAACGAAUUAUUGAUCUACAAGAUCAAGUUGGUAGACUACAAAAUGAUCUAGAUAAUGUUGAAUCAGUCCAGGCUGAUUUUGUUCGUCUAUCUCAAAGUCUACAAGUCCAGCUAGAAAGAUUACGACAACAAGACCAAGAGGUUCGUUGGGUUAACCCAGAUGAUGUCACUAAUUGUUUUGGAUGUAAUUUCCUCUUCCCCACUGGAAUUGGUAGUGGGUCGAAAAAGAUCAACUGUCGACAUUGUGGUAAAGUGCAUUGUUCAGCCUGUAUGAAGAAUACUAUGCCAGCUGGACCUUUUGGUCAUGCAGCUGUUGUAUGCGAUGUGUGUCAUACCUUAUUGAAUAAAAAUAUUGCACCAUAUUUUAGUAGUAGUACGCCAUCCAAUAAUAGUCAUAGAGAACAAUCCUCUUCUUCUUCUCCAAGACGUUUCAGUUUAUCAUCUAUGAAUCCUCAGUCCCCUGUUCACUCAUCAUCAACUAAUCUAGCCGCCAAACCUUCAUAGUUUUUCUGUUUGCUUGGUGUUUGUUUUUCUCACUCCGUCAAAUGUGUUUAUCUUCUUUGUUUUGUUUUGUUUUUGUUUUUUUGAGUUCGUUGUCAAAUUAUCAUAUUUUUUAUCCCUAGACUCCUUUUCAUUUUCCUCUGUUUGUAUCCUCCUCCUCCCCCUCCUAUUCCCAGUGGCGAUCGACACCGAAUUUUCACCUAAGAAGUCAACAAUUCUCGCAUAAUGUAUUUUUCUUUAUUUCUUAAUGUUGUGCAUAGUGUACACAUGACCAACUGGUAACUUGUGUUUUUUUUUUACGAUUUUCCUUCUGUGGAAACUGUCAUACCCCUUAUCCGUCCCAUUCUACACCUGUGUAUCUCAGUCCUCUUUCAUCUGUAUGUGUGCUGGAAUAACGGUGUGACAGUGUCUUUGUAUGCGUAUUUUGUUAUGACGUAGUAUGUUUCUCUUCUUGCAGAUCUCGCUUUAUUUACCUACUUGUUUAUUUAUUUAUUUAUUUAUUUACAUGUUUUUACUCUGCUAUCACAACACGCAUAUACACCACAUAUAAAUAUGUCUUUCAAAUUAAUGCUUCUACACUCAUUUAUUCAUUUUGUUAGUGUGAGUUAUACUACUUUAUUGUUGUUCCAGUAAUAUUGGUGAUUUUAAAGUGUCAUAUUUCCUUUUUUUAAACAGAAGUGAUCAAUAAUAUACACAGUAUAUAUAUACACUAC